UUUAAUGGAAGUACACAUGCGAGCUCUGAUCCUUCUCUCCAUCAUAUUCUCUCUUAAGCCUUGACCAGAGUGUGUUCCCACCUCCUUAAACCUAAAAACAUUCCCCUAUACGUAACAAAACCUUCUUAAACCCCUCGAAAGUUGCAAAGUUCUUUCUUAAAACCGAGCGUGGAAGAGGCAAUAAACCGCAGGGUCUCGAAAACUGAGUACACAUCUUAAUUGAGGGCUUGCUAAGACACGACGCCUUUCAUCAAGGGGUAUUGCUCGGCGCCAUACUUCCAUAGUUUACAAACCGAUAAAGAUCUUAUUUCCCUUCUGCCUUGAACCCCGUGCACGGGUCUAAGCAACGAUCCCGUUGAAAGAAUCCGUUCGGAAGUGCGGUUUCGGGUGGUAAUUAAUAAGGAGCUGAUGUAUGAGCAGCCACAGCUGGUGAGGAUGGACUCUAGGAAGAAGGUGAUGAUGGAGAGGAGAAGAUCAUCUUCCAUGAGGGAACAAGAGAGGCCUGAGACUGUCGACUUGAGUGGGAGGAAUUUGGAGUCUCUUGUCCCAAGCCCUUCCUUGAACUUGAGGAUCAUCUACAAACUAGAUCUCUCCAACAACAAUCUUCAAAUGAUACCGGAGUCCUUGAUUGCGAGGAUGCUUAACUUGGUGGUUCUAGACCUGCACUCGAAUCAGCUGAGAGCCCUCCCCAACUCGAUCGGUUGUCUCUCAAAGCUCAAAGUCUUGAAUUUGGCUGGAAACAAUCUGGAAUUGCUCCCAAAGACCAUAGAGAAUUGCAGAUCCCUGGAAGAGCUAAAUGUCAACUUCAACCAGUUGGUCAAGCUUCCCAACACUAUCGGUUUCGAGCUCAUCAACCUCAAAAAACUAAUAGUCGGCUCCAACAAGCUCGUGCGUCUGCCUCUGUCCACUGGCCAUCUAACCUCUCUACGCCACCUUGAUGUCAGUUUGAACUGGCUACAGGCGCUUCCAGAGGACCUUGAGAAUCUGACGGACCUCCAAGUCCUAAAUGUGAGCCAGAACUUCCACCACCUCACAUCCCUGCCCUACUCAAUCGGCCUCCUCCUCUCCUUAGUCGAGCUCAACGCCAGUUACAACAACAUCAGGGCACUGCCAGACUCCAUGGGAUGCCUCGGGAAGCUCCGGAAGCUUAGGAUUGAAGGGAACCCCCUCGUCUCGCCACCCAUGGAGGUGGUGCGGCAAGGCGUGGAGGAGGUGAAGAUGUACUUGAGCGAGAAGAUGAAUAAUAACCACAUAAGUCCGAGGAAGAAGACGAACAAGAAGACCUGGAUCAGGAAGUUGGUGAGGUAUGGAACCUUCAACUCAAGAUGUACUACUCCACAUGCAAAUGAUGAAGAGAGGAAAGGAUCCAAAAUGCUCGAUGGUUCUCGUUCUGUAAGUUACAUCUCAUCGAUGAACAUGGCAGCUUUCUCCCCGUGGCGGCUCUUCUCGCCAAAACAUCGUUCCGCCAAAUGAAGCAUGAUAUACGAGUAGGCGGGAUGGCGUCCGUGAUACCUGCAUAGAAUAAUAUUUUGUAUCAUUCCUUUUGUUUAUUCUAUUUGUAAAUUUCCAUGUUAUGUCAACGUGAUGAACAGUCCAUCGAGAAGCAUAAAGUUAAUCAGUGAAUACAAUGUAGUGAUUUAUGUUCUUAUUA